CGCGGUGUUUUGAGGGCCCCACUUAUUUACUGACGCUUCCUUCCGCCUUAUUAAACUACUGAGUAGUCGGGAAAGAUUCAACUCAGCUCAGAAACAAGCAUUUUUCGUUUACCAAAUUCUUGGCUAAUUUUGUGUGGUUGCUGUUUUUGGAGAGAAGAGAGAUGGCGCGUCAUCCCAACGGCGGUGCAUCAGAGCAGCCAAGUUGUUCAGAUGUUCGUUUUGUUCCAACUCUUGGAAGAAUAAUUGAAGAAGAGAUGGAACAUGUGAUGUCAAGAAUUUAUAACCGAGCGGUUAGCCAAAAUAUUCCAGUUACUGAUCAAGAUCUAAUUCGUAGAAUGGUAAUAGAGAGAUUACAAUCAGCUGAAGAGAGGCCUUUGAGUGAAGGGACUCGGAAUGAGUUUUCCGAGGAAAGGAGUCUACAGCUGAAGUUCUUAGAUGAUAAAGUAGCCGAUACUGUGACAGGGAAGGAGCUCAAAGGGUUAAAAGGCGAGUGCCUGAAGUUGGCUCUGCUUGAUCUGUACGGGCAUACUGUGACCUGUGGCCCUGGAUCUUCUGCAAAGGUGGAGAUACUACUUCUUGAGGACAACGGUGAUGGUAAUGAACACAACAUGACUCUUGAAAUGUUUGAGAGAUGCAUCAUUCAAAAAGGAGAUACAAAGAAGCCGCACAUUUCUUCUAAAAGUGGCGAUAUAUUGCUCAAGAAGGGUGUUGCGGAUUUGAAUGCUAUUAAGUUGGGACACAACACUGCCUGGAGUAGGUUGUGCAGCUGCAGGCUGGGGGCGAGGAUUGCACAGAAUCUUAAAGGAAUUGCGGUGUACGAUGCAUGGACUGCACCAUUUAAGGUCAAAGAUAAGCGCACCAAACAUAAUGAGAAACAUGCGAAUCCAUCUCUGUCUGAUGAAGUAUGGCGGUUAGAUUGUAUUUGGAGGCGUGGUGAGAUCGAUAAGCGUCUUCAAGACAACAACAUCUGCACCGUGGAGGAUUUUCUCAUUCAACACCUCAUAAAUCCUCAACACCUCAAGAGUAUUGUGAAUUCCCCAAAUAAGAAUUGGCAGAAGAUUGUUAGUAAUGCUCGAGCAUGCCUAAGUAGCGAAAGGGUGUACUGUUACACAGAUCCGGAGAAGAAAACAGGCAUCGUCUUCAAUAUUCUAGGAGACAUGCUAAGACUACUUCCGGAUCAGACAAGCGAGCUGCAGUCAGGACAAGAAGAGGCUGAUGCUGAUAAACUGUUAGCAUCUGCUUGCCAAAAUUGGGGGCAGGUAAAGGCUUUCAAUGAUCCGAAUUCUCUUCAGCAGUACCUAGCUGGUUUAAGUCCAUAUAUUGGCGGAUCGAGCAGUAGUAUGCAGUUCGAGCCGACGAUUUUCUUUGAGGGCGUUGAGGAGUUCAUGCGCGAUGCCUUUGGUCACGAGUGGAAUGCAGCAGCUGAGGUGGUUGAUGGUGGGACAAAGGGAUGGAAAACAUUGUUCAUUGUUUUGAAAUUUUGGAAGAGGGUGGUUUUAGAUGUUAGUCCAAUCAGAAAGAAAUUGAGAGUUGGUUAACGAUAAUGUUAUCGUGGAAGGGAAGGGUAGCAUUUAGAGUGCUGGAUUGUUGAACUUGUCUACUUGUUUUAUCAACUGUAUAAUUUGAUUCAUAAUUUUAAAAUUGUGGAUUUAUAUUCUCUAAUCA